AUUUCAGUAAAUUCACAACAAUCGAAAAACCAUCCACCCUCCCACCAUAACCCUUUCGGUCUUCAUGGAUGUAUGUGUCCUCGCUUCUCAGCUGCGAAGUACAGAGUCACAGACAACAAAUGUCUUCUCUUUCGUCCUUCACUGCCGUUUCCAAACCUCCAGCCUUGCUCAAGAGAUUUUCUGUUCCGACUCGUUCGAGUUCGUCUUGUCGAUAUUCUUCUAUGAAUCGCUUGUGUAGGUUCAGUGUAAGCUGCAAUUAUGCUGGGUCAUACAUAAAUGAGGACUAUGCAGCUGCACCAAUAGAUGUUGUGGCUGAUGUGAAGACCGAACGGAUUGCAGUUUUGGGAGGAAGUGGUUUUGUUGGUUCUGCAAUAUGCAAAGCUGCAGUAUCCAAGGGCAUAGAAGUUGUAAGCCUAAGCAGGUCAGGGCGGCCUUCUUACUCAGAUUCAUGGGUCAACCAGGUCUCAUGGAUGGCAGGAGACGUCUUCUAUGCAAAGUGGGAUGAAGUAUUGGUUGGAGCUACUGCAGUUGUUUCAACACUUGGAGGCUUUGGAAGUGAGGAGCAAAUGAAAAAGAUAAAUGGAGAGGCUAAUAUCUUGGCAGUAGGUGCUGCAAAGGAUUUUGGAAUUCCCAAAUUCAUCUUGAUCUCUGUGCAUGAUUAUAAUCUACCAUCAUUUCUACUUUCAUCUGGGUACUUCACUGGAAAGAGAAAAGCAGAAUCAGAAGUUCUUUCCAAAUACCCAAAUUCUGGUGUGGUGUUAAGACCAGGUUUCAUAUAUGGGAGACGGAAAGUUGAUGGCCUUGAGAUUCCACUUGAUCUGAUAGGGGAACCAGUGGAGAGAAUUCUUCGUGCAACUGAAAAUUUUACAAAGCCAUUGAAUUCUCUUCCAGCAUCUGAUAUUUUCUUGGCCCCACCCGUGAGUGUUGACGAUGUUGCCCUUGCUGUGAUAAAUGCAGUAGUAGAUGAUGACUUCUUUGGCGUCUUCACAAUUGAACAAAUCAAGGAAGCUGCAGCUAAAGUCAGGGUGUGAUUACUAGAAUCAAACAUUGUUAGAACAGUUUCACUUCUGAGAAACACCAAACUGUACAAUGCCUUAGAUUUUGAAAACCCAUGUCUGAGACAUUAUCAAAAAAAAAAAAAAAGUUGUGGGAUCUCCAGUACAGUCCCCUAAAGGUUGUUGUAUGGAUGACCUCUUCAGCUAUGAAAAAUUUCCUUGUAUGAUGAUAUUCUCAAGGUAAUUCUGAAAAUAUACAAGGUGAUUUUCACUGUUGGAA